CCACACAUGUCAGGCCUAAAGAUCAAAAUUCCGAAAGGAAUAUGGAACUCUCACGACCCGAACAGUCACAAAGUCACGAAGUCAGGCCCAAGACUGAGGUUGAAAGUGACGCCUUCCACACGCGACAACAUUAGUAGAGCAGCGACUCAGCCGCAGCCUAUAUCUUCUAAAGAGCGCACACACUGCAAGGUGAAGCUCUGGCGAUUCCACUACGGCGGUCCGAAGAGAAAGGGGAAGGGGAAAUCGGAGAAUGAGAUCACCUAUGAACAGCCGUGCCUCAAACCGACUUGCGCAAAUUGCUGGAGGUGGCAUUCACAGCUAGUGCAGACGAACCGAGUGACCAAGAGCGAGGGCGACGAGCAGCAAGACGAUAGGCCAAACCAAGAGCCGUCCAGUCUGGAGAUCGACCCUAGGAUCCUGAACGGUACAUGGCAGCACUUUCAGGGUCGCCGUGGCAGUGUGGAGAGC